AAGAAAAAAAGUGAAGCCUUUAUCCGAAGUCUGCUUUUUGGUUCACAAUACGUGUUGCAUUUUUCGCUAUUCGGAAACAUUGCAUAGGAGUACACGUUUAUAACUACUGUAACGUCACUACAAAAAUGUCAUCGACAUGCUCUGGUUUGACCAACGAUGAGCUUGUUUCAGCGCUCGUUAGGAAAAAACUUCUCAAGUCUCCCACGGUUAUCGCGGCCAUGCGUCGUAUCGACCGCCGCUGGUUUAUCCCGUCAGCCUUCUCAGCCGUCGACGCGUACAGGGACUCACCCCUGUAUAUAGGCCAUGGAGCCACUAUCAGCGCGCCGCACAUGCACGCUAUCGCACUCGAGGUGAUGGCGCCGUAUAUUAUAGGUGAGCACCGUCUUUCGUCCUCGACUGAUUCAGAUAUACGCAUCUUAGACAUUGGUAGUGGUAGCGGUUACCUCACAGCUGUCAUGGCGGAUAUAUGCUCCACACAUAAUGCAGCAAACGACCGGCCAUGGAAAGUCAUUGGGCUCGAGCAUGUGAAAGAGCUUCAGAAUAGUUCUCUCUCUGCCAUAAAAAAACACUUCCCAUCCUGGAUUGAAAGGGGCAAUGUGGAGAUGAUAUGCGGCGAUGGACGUAAUCUCGAAAAGGCUCUUUCUUCUGAGGUUGUGGCGGGCCGCCCUCUUACUUUCGACGUCAUACAUGUGGGCGCAGCUAUCCCAACCACCCCAUCAGUUUUACUCAAUUUUUUAAAACUGAACUCAUGCUUAGUGGUGCCUGUGGGUGCGCAGCACGAGACCCAGAGGUUGAUGGUGUUUUGUAAAGACCAGCAAGGAAAAGUGACGCAGGAAACAAAUUGCUUGGUUUCUUUCAUCCCGUUGACUUCGAUUGACGAUCAGUUAGGGAGUCUCCGAUGAAGAUACCUUUAUUCCUUUCUUUUGUAUUUUUGUCUUUUAUUAUUGAAAUCAUCAAAGUAAGAUAUGGAAAGUCCAUUCAGGCGUAUUUUAUUUUCCAAAAACGCUUGUAACGAAAAGAGGCAGACUUUCAAUUUUAGGUCUCUAAUAUUGUGUGACUCUGUGCUA